AUGUAUUUACCACGCUCACAACUUGCGACACUAUACCUCCAUCUUCAAACGUCUAAUCAUCCAUUAUCCCCGCCAGUCCUUAUACUCGUUGCUCUCGAACCUGAUGCCCUCUGCGGAUGUCGAAUUCUUACUCAACUUCUCAAACGCGAUUACAUCCCCCACAAGAUACAACCAAUUGCUGGAUAUGGAGAUCUAGAGAGAGCAGGGAAGAAUGUUAUACAACCUAUGAUGGAAAAUCAAGGAGGUAGCGGGGGGGUCGUGGUUUGCUUGGGUGUUGGAGGUCUAGUUGACUUGGGGGCUCUGCUAGGGUUUGACUCGGAGGCAGAUGAAGCUAGUUAUGGUGGUGUUGAUGUUUGGGUAGUGGAUGCGAGACGACCUUGGAAUUUAGGGAAUGUCUUUGGAGGAUUUCCAAUGAUAUCGCAUGAAGUGGAGGGCGGGGAAAUUAUAUCUGAGCCACCGAAAGGUGUGGUUGGAGGUAUGAUCGCAAGGAAUUACAAGCCAGGCAAGGGAGGGAUCAUAGUUUUUGAUGACGGGGAUAUUGAAGAAGACAUGAAGGCGGAAAAAGAUGCAUACUUGGCGCUGGUGGAUAUGCCAGAGGCGGACGAUAAUGGAGAUGAUAGCGAGGGUAGUGAAACAGGAGAGGACAGUGAUGCCGAUGAUGCAUCUCCAGUCAGGCGGCCAGGAAAGAAGAGAAAGUCUUGGUCGGAUCGAGAUGAGGAAGAUGAUACUGAUGUAGAGAAUGAAAGACCACGCCAGAGGCGAAGAAGUAAUUCAUCAAGUGCAAUAUCAGAAUCUCCAACUCGUGCUCCACAACGUGGACUUCUAUCACUCAAUGAUCCAACAAUAUUCUCCAGCGAUUCACGAUCCGUAUCCCCUUCACCAGCACAACCUCCCAAACCCACUUCUGCGAGAGCUUUACGGCGAAAGUUUCUCAAAUUACGUCGAAAGAAUGAAAUGGUUCUUCAAACAUACUACAACCUUGGUGCAUCAUACUCGGAGCCGAUAGCUUCAAUGAUGUAUUCCCUAGCUUCAGAAUUAGGUAGAGAAGAUAAUGAUUUACUUUGGAUGUCAAUAGUUGGCGUUAGCUCGCAAGAAUUAUACGGUCGAUCGGCGAUUGGAGUUGCAGUAACAACACAAAAGUCCACACCGUCAGGAUGGUUAGGUUCUCGAGGAUCAAGAACACGACAACUUCUAAGAGAUGAAGUGCGACGUCUCAAUCCUCCAGAACUUUCAGAUUCGGCCUUUAAUUCAAAUCGAAAUAUGUCACCAGAAAACAGCGGUAUCAUACCGACCACAGCGCGAAGUCCAACCGAUACCAGUAUUCGUUUAUCACCGGAGCCAAAAUUCCUUCUCAUCAGACAUUGGAGUUUAUAUGAUAGCAUGUUACAUUCUCCAUAUUUGUCGGCGAGAUUACAUAUUUGGUCGGAUAGUGGACGAAAACGAUUACAUAAAUUACUUGCAAAGAUGGGAGUAAGUCUUGUCCAGUGCAAACAAAGCUAUACCCAUAUGGAUAUGGAACUCAAACGCGGACUCCGGACAAAAUUAUUAAAAUACUCGGAACUCUACGGGCUAGACGAUCUUGUCCCAAGCGCGGAUACGGACGGUAAAGAUCGAGGAGGCUCGAAAGAAGGGUGGGGCUUCGUGAGAAGCUGGGGCUGGAAAGCUACGCUCAGUGCGCAAGAUGUAGGAGUUGUAGUGGGUGCUAUUUUGGAGGUUGGAAAAAAAGCAGUAACGACUCUGGAGAACGGGGCUUGGGACCGCAGCCGAGAGACUAAGGAGACGAGUGAUGAAGAUGGGACGUUAGAAGGUGAGGAAUGGGUUGGAAGAUUUUGGGAUGCUUAUGAUGCGCUUGAGAAAAUCGAUGAACUUAAACUCGCCCUCCCUAUUGCUCAGCAUCUACAUCGUGCUAUUCUCCGUACCGGCACUUCUCUAAUCGAAAAACGACAAAUCAAACAUCUCCGCGCUUUUCGUAUGGCAGUCGUAAAAGAAGGCCCAGAUGUCCCAUUAUUCACUCAUCCGGCCGCGUUGACCAAACUCGCUUUGUGGAUCGGUGAAGCCAUCGCGGAACAAGAAAGAGAAAGUAAAGGCAAAUUGGGAAACGGAGGUAGAGGAACACCUUUAGUCGUCGCUGGCCUACACGAAAGCAGAGGUGUGUAUGUUGUAGUUGGUACCGGUGGUGGAGGUGGUGGAGCAGGCGGAUGGGGAUUCGGCGAUAAGAAAGCAGCAGGAGAAAAAGCCAAAAAGAAACAAGAAAAAGACGAGGCGAGAGAACUAAGAAGAAAAAAUAAAGAAAAAAUUCGAGAAGAAAAACGAGCAGCUAAACGAGCGGCUCGCGGUGAGGAAGAUGAUGAUGAAGACGAUGAAACAGAAGAAGAAUCCUCAGAAGAGGAAGAUGAUGAUGAUGAAGAAGUGGAAGAGGAUGAAGAUCAGGAAAGGGGAAAAGGAUUCGGGAGGAAUAAAUUCGGAAACGCAUUUCAGGAGGUGGUGGAGGAAACUAAUGCGAGGGUUAGGAUUGAUAGUUUUGAACAUUGUGUGGUGGAGGUUAAGAAGGAGGAUUUGGGGGGGUUUUUGGAAAGCUUGAGUUUGAGGGCUGUUGUUGGGUAG